ACUGAAGACAUAUCAUAUACAGGUCCGUGUCCUCAACAUCUUUACUGGCCGUAUCGUUAAUSCUGUACUAUCAAGCCAUCUUUGUCCUUGCCGUUCAAGAUGACAUCUGUAGACCAUUCAACAAGUCAUCUGGGUUGGCAGAACUAUGCGGAUACAACAAUACGGCGAAAUUCGCCGACAUGAGAAAGGAAUACAUGCUCUCUCUCUACUUUAGUGAAUACUUUGGCAACUGCACAAAAACCAUCAGACAAGUGCUGUGCUCCACAAGAUUUCCUCGAUGCGAACCGGACAUCAAAGGUCCAUUCUUGCCUUGCAAGAGCGUUCUUUUGGAUACUCUCUCAAGAUGCGGAGAAGAGAUGCGAAAAUCUUCUAUUAGUGAGUAUUCAUGGUUUAAGUGGUAUUUAAACCUUUUGCCAGAGAAGAACGACCCGACGUCGUCGAACUUCAAGAAACGAUGUUUUGAGCCGCCAAACUUCAAAACAGAUGUUCGUGAAGGUGAUUUGGAGCCCAACAAGUGUUUUCCUCUUAUUGUCUCCCCGUGUCAAAAUUAUGGSUACAAGUUUACAAUAUUUCCUGAAGAGGAGCAAAAACAUCGCGCUUCCAUAAUGCUAAAGAACGCAACGAAAGAGUGUGAAAAGAUGGCUUCGAAGUUGCUUUGUGAAGAUUUUCUCCCACCUUGCUACAGCGACAGCAAGUACGUCGGAGCCACCUGCAGAGACAUGUGCCAGGAAUACUUCAAGAAAAACUGCUCUUCCCCGGCAGUUUCUUUAACGAAAGACGAWUGCGUCUUGUAUCCUAAAGGGUCGAAGUCUGGAGGACAUUGCAAGGCGACUGAAUGGGUAUAUGCCGAUGUAUGGCCGGGAGCAUUACMAAAUGACAAAAGUUCCYCUGUCAAGCAAAAAGCAAGUGGUGUGCUGUCCGGCAGUGCGAUCCUGGUCGGUUUUGCAAUGCAGCUCUAUUCAGGACUCUAGCUAACGUACUAACUCCUAAACUGCGUGCAGCCGAACUACUUGUAAAACUSUCUUGGUUCGGCUACAUGCAGGCUAACUAAAUUCCAAUCCUCUACAUCUCUAGCCUUACUAUCUAAAAAUGCACAGCACAAAGUUCUUCUAGAAGUCUCUCACAUUGUGUUAUAAGUUGUUACAUUAUAUUUUGAUGUUGUAUCCUUUCUUUUUGGCAAUAACAUUAAUUAAAUUGUU